GAAAUGAAAAGACAAAUGAUCAACAGGAAACAAAUUCAAAAGAUAGAUUAUUUGGAGGCACUGGUGCUUCAAACGAUGUCUUGAAUCCAGAUGUUUCAAAUUCAGGUCUAUCAAUGGGAGGCGCUUUACAAAAAUUCGAAAACGAAGAAAGUGCUCCUGCAAAUCCAAAAGUUAAAUCUGAAGAGAUUUUAAACAAUCCUUCUGCAAUAUCAAACAAUAGAAUUUCUGUAAAGAGUAAUACAUCUUUAAAAAUCGAGAAAGAUAUCGAUGAAGGUGGCGAAAUUUUAUUGAAAGGUGUAGUAACUGAGUCUAAUGAUAAAAAUAAGGACAGCUCGGUGUCAACGUCAAAACGUUUGGAAGACCACCAUAUAGAUAAUAAGCAAAAGACAAGUAGCUCGUCAAGCGUUCAAGAUUCAGUCUCUGCAACAACGUGCUGGGAGUGGAAGGAUUCAUCUGGGCAGUGGAAACUUUAUCCUGAGGAUGUACAAGAUAAAUUGAGGGAAAACGUUUUGAAAAACCCAAAAUCAACAUCGCUUAUAUCUUUAGAAAAUUCAUGUUUCAGAGUCGUGCCCUCUCAAGGCAAACAUAUCAACACAGAAAGCAAGGAAACAUCAGAAAUCAGGAGAUUUGAUCCUGAUCAAGUGAAAUGACAGAGAGAACCAAAAUAAAUUUGUAAUAUUAAAAAAAGAUAGUAAAUUUUUUAUUCUUUAUUGUUUCAAAAUAAACUGAUUAUGGAUUUAAUUUAAACUUUACAAGUGCCAUAUUCAUGCUUUGUUAUUGACAGAUUAAACAUUAGCUAUUGAUUAUUAUUUAUUCUCUUGUUUCAUUUUUUUUAUAUUCGACCAGAGCCUGAUAGAUGGAUUGCAUAAUUCGUGUGAACUUAAGAACACUUGUCUAGUAUCUUUGUCAUUCCAUGUUACAUUUGUGUUUUAUUUAUUUAUCAGCUUGCACUAUGUGCCAUCUUUGAGAUGUACAAUGAAUAUGAUAUCUUUGCGUUUUGUUUAAUAUCUCUCUUUAAUAUAAUAUAAAACGAUUCAGAAAUGGUUAAAGGCAUUUGCAAA